AUGACUGUCGAAGUUGGCCCCUAUGCGCCGAGGACGAGUCUCGAAACUCUUCUUACGCAAUUACCGACGUCAACCACCUUGGCUGAACUCGAUGACAAAACAGCCACAUCUUUCGUCAAUGCAUUGGGCACUUUGAACGAAGAUAUUCUGGCCGCGAAACCUCUAUGGCGCGAUUGCUUUGCUUUGACAGGUUCUUUGAGAACAUUCUAUACCCGCGAAUCAAUUGUCAAAGUCUGGACUUCGACAUGUGCAAGUCGAAAAUGCGAAGGCUUCUCUUUUGUUUCUGGUCGGACCAGGCCCGUGAGAAUGGGCCACUAUCAGUGGCUUGACGUUCAAUUCACCUUCAAUCUGCGAGGGACUCCGGCGGCGCACUGUCGAGGGAUCUUAUCUUUGAUAUGUGACGAGCAAGGCAAAUGGAAAAUAUGGCUAAUUCGGACUGUUUUGGACGAUCUAGAGGGAGUUUCCAGUGUUGACGAGAUUACUUGGAUCGAUGUUGGUCCCGAAGAGGAAAGAGUGGUCAGUUCAGAUCAAGACAAUAAUGGUCGAAAUGGCGCCACCAAUGGAGCCAAACCCCUCGAAGAGUCGUCCAGCUCCGAAACAUACGAUUGUGUCAUUGUCGGUGCCGGCCAAGCAGGACUGAGCUCGGCGGGUCGUCUCCAAGCGUUGGGCAUUUCGUCCUACGUCGUUCUCGAGCGGAACGCCAAAAUCGGCGACAGCUGGAUGAACCGAUACGACUCGACUAGGCUCCACACGCCGCGUGAGUACAGCCAUCUACCAUUUGGUCGAACUUUUGAAGGGUAUCAGGAGUACCUGACCAAAUACGAUCUCGCUCGAGGACACCGGGAAUGGGCACGGAGAACCGGGGUCGACCAGCACGUAUGGUGCAAUACCAACCUAGACUCGGGGUCGUGGGAUGAAGAACGCAAGAUAUGGUUGCUCCAGGUCACACACGGUGCCGACCGUCCCAGGAAAACGAUCCUUUCACGACAUGUCAUCAUGGCCGUCGGUGCCUGUGGCCAGAUCCCGGUCAUGCCCAAUUUACCGGGCGGCCACGAUUUCCAAGGGACCGUGCUACAUUCGGCGGACUACAGGUCCUCGGGCUCUUGGAAGGGGAAAAGGGGCAUCGUGGUCGGCACAGCCAACACGGCCCACGACGUCGCUGAAGAUAUGGUGAAGGCGGGACUGACGUCUGUCACCAUGGUCCAAAAGAGCCGCACGUACGUCAUCCCUGGGGAAUUUUAUAAAUAUGUCAGUGAUAUCUCAUACAACACCGAGAUACCUACGUCAGAGGCCGACUUUGAGGGAAUGUCGACGCCCUACGCCGUGUUGAGAUUGAUGUCCAACGCGGCCUUUCACAGCAUGGCCAGUCAGGACCCUGCACGGUUCGACGCGCUCGAGGCCGUCGGGUUUCGCGUCGAACGGUAUGGAGAUAUCUGGUAUCAGAUCGGUGAGAGGGCCGGGGGUCACUAUAUGGAUGUUGGAUGUUCAAAGUUGAUCUCGACCGGAUUGAUCAAGAUGAAGUCCGACGCGAGGAUAACCCACUUUGCCACAACAGGUCUGGGUUUCGACGAUGGAACUGAGGUUCAAGCGGACGUGGUUGUCUUUUGUACCGGUUUUAUCGGAGACGCAAAGGCCGACGUGGUUCGCAUCUUUGGUAAAGACGUCGCGUCGAAGGUCUCGGAUUAUUGGGGUUUUGACGAAGAAGGGGAGCUCAGAGGUGCAUAUAAACCCACCGGUCACCCUGCAUUAUGGUACGUGGGAGGCACGGUCGGACAAGCGAGAUACUUUUCUAGAUUCGUGGCCUUGCAGAUCAAAGCGUCGUUGAUGGGUACUCCUCUGCCUCAAUAUGAAUAA